GCUAGGGUGAGGCUAUGCGGCGGAUUGAGUAGUUUGAAGUAGGACCCUGAGGUUGCAGCGGUCAUCCAGCGAUUAGGUUUUCUCCUUAAUAAACAAAAAAAUAUAAGCCGACACUGCAAUCGCAGACGGCUCCUGAUUAUGAUGGCGUCAAAGUUGGGGUUAGCCGGUGGGAUACCGGAGCGUAGAGUUCGACCCAUUUGGGAUGCCAUUGAUUCUCGCCAGUUCAAGAAUGCUCUCAAGCACUGCACCACUCUUCUCUCCAAAUACCCCAAUUCUCCAUAUGCUCUCGCACUUAAAGCUUUGGUUUUGGAAAGGAUGGGUAAAACUGAAGAAGCAUUCUCGGUUUGCUUAAAUGCCAAAGACCUUUUGUACACUAAUGACUCUGUCUUGAUUGAUGAUCUUACUCUCAGCACUCUACAGAUUGUUUUCCAGCGACUUGAUCACUUGGAUAUGGCAACAAGUAGCUAUGAGUAUGCUUGCGGGAAAUUUCCAAAUAACCUGGAUCUAAUGAUGGGUCUCUUCAACUGCUACGUGCGUGAAUAUUCCUUUGUCAAGCAACAACAGAUAGCUAUUAAAAUGUACAAGAUUGUUGGUGAAGAAAGGUUCCUGCUUUGGGCAGUAUGCAGCAUUCAAUUGCAGGUUCUUUGCGGCAAUGGAGGAGAGAAGCUAUUACUCUUAGCAGAAGGCCUGCUGAAGAAGCAUAUUGCUUCCCAUAGUUUACAUGAACCAGAAGCUCUUAUUGUAUAUAUUUCCUUAUUAGAGCAGCAAUCCAAAUAUGGAGAUGCCUUAGAACUUCUUACAGGAAAAUUUGGGUCUCUUAUAAUGACUGAAGUUGAUAGACUACGUUUACAGGGGAGGCUUCUUGCUAGAGGAGGUGAUUAUGCUGCUGCAGCCAGCAUAUUCCAGAAAGUUUUAGAACUAAGAAGUAUGUGUAACGCUAAACUCUUUGGCAGCCCCGAUGAUUGGGAGUGUUUCCUCCAUUAUCUUGGCUGUUUACUGGAGGAUGACAGUAGCUUCUGCAAUGGAGCAAACAGUGAUUCUAUUUAUCCUCUAAAGCCUAUGGACUCCCAAGUUUCUGUCUUGACAGAUGAAGCAUUUGGUUCUCGCCUAUCAAAUGCGUCAUCUCUUGUACAAAAGUUGUUAACAGAGGCAAGUAAUGAUACUGUAAGAUGUCCUUGCUUGGCAAAUAUUGAGAUCGAAAGAAGAAAGCUUCUACAUGGAAUAGGUGAUGCGGAUAAGUUGAUGGAGGCUUUGGUACAAUAUUUUUUCAGGUUUGGACAUUUGGCUUGUUUUGCUUCUGAUGUUGAAAUGUUUUUACACAUUUUGGAUCUUGAUAAGAAGGCGCAGCUUCUGGAGAAGCUGAUGGAAUGCUGUGAAUCUAUUUCAACUAAUCCCAGAAAGACUCUUGGGCAGCAUAUUACUGUCUUCAAAAUUCAAAAUAUCGUUGGAAGCAUGUUCACUCUUCCCGUUAAUGAUUAUUGUCAUUCUUCUUUUCUAGAGCUGGAGACAAUAGCUGUAAAGAUGACACAAAUGUACUGUGAAAAUCUCUCACUAUCAAAAGAUUUGGAUGCUCAAGAGAGCGUGUAUGGCGAAGAGCUUCUGUCUAUGGCAUGCAACUUGUUGGUUCAGCUCUUUUGGCGUACUAGGCAUAUUGGGUAUCUGGUGGAAUCAAUUAUGAUCUUGGAAUUUGGUUUGACAAUACGAAGACAUGUUUGGCAGUACAAGAUUUUGCUGUUGCAUUUGUACUCUCACUGGAAUUCUCUUCCGUUGGCGUAUGAAUGGUAUAAAACACUGGACGUGAAGAACAUAUUGUUGGAAACUGUAUCGCACCACAUCUUUCCACAGAUGCUAGCAUCACCAUUGUGGGCUGAUUCAACAGAUAUUUUGAGGGAUUAUCUAAGAUUUAUGGAUGAUCAUUUUAGAGAAUCUGCUGAUCUUACAUUUCUUGCUUAUCGUCAUCGAAGUUAUUCUAAAGUUAUUGAGUUUGUUCAGUUCAAGGAGCGAUUGCAACAAUCUAGCCAGUAUUUGAUGGCAAAAAUUGAAAUACCCAUGCUGCAGUUAAAGCAGAAAGCAAAUAGCAUUGAAGAAGGGGAGGGCAUUCUAGAAAGUUUGAAACAAGGAAUUCAGUUUCUUGAGCUCUCAGAUAAAAUUGGAAACAAAUCAUUGACGUUCAAUGAAGAAUUGCAGCUGCGACCCUGGUGGACACCAACUUAUGACAAAAAUUAUCUCUUAGAGCCAUUUGAAGGAGUAUCUUAUUGCACUGGACAAACCUUGGAUGAUCAAAUCAAACAGUCUCAAGCUAAAGUGGUUAAAACAAUUGAGAAGAGGUCCCUUCUACCUAGAAUGGUCUAUCUCUCAAUUCAAUGUGCUUCAUCAUCUGUCAAGGGAAGUGUUGAAGCAAAUGGUUCUUUCUUUGACCCUAAACUAUCGUUGGAGCUGAGAUUGUUACUCGACCGGUAUGCCAAUAUCUUGGGAUUUUCCUUCCAGGAUGCUGUAGGGCUGGCUUUUGAUAUUUUGAGUGGCCUUAAGGAUGCAGAGGCAUGGAGCUGCAACCUGAUUGAUUGGAUGAACUUUGUUGUAUUUUUAAAUGCUUGGAAUCUUUAUUCUCAUGAAGUAGAUAGCGAUUCAAAUACAUGGCUUCUUGUGAAUUUGAUUCUGAAGAAGUAUAUCCUGGAUAAAGUCGGAUCGAUGGGACCACUAGAAUCAUCACCCGGAUGUGAUCUUCCUAAUCUGGUGCUAUUGGUAACUGAACCUUUAGCUUGGCAUAUUAUGGUGAUUCAGUCUUGUGCCAGGUUGUUAGUGACUUCAGGAAAGAAAAAAAAGAAAGGUGGACCUUCAGAGCACUGUAACGUUCAGUUAUCUCAGCAAGUACAAGAUUCAAUCCAGUCUGUAUGCGAGACUAUAGAGCUGGUUAGACAAUGGAUAAAUCAACAAAUCAGCAUGUCAGACAAUGAGAAAUCGGAAAAUAUACUUUCAUCUCUCCGACAAGAUGGAGAGUUCGGACCCGGGAAGGUCUCCCGAGUUGUUGAAACUUUAUCCUCAUCGUCAACAAUUGAUAAAGAUCUUGGUGAUCGGAUCACUCGAGCAUUGCAGUCUUGGAGUCCUGCUGAUAUUACUAGAAAAAUCAUUACUAGUCAGCGCACUGCUUUAUCUAAUUUCCUUGGAAUUUGUGAUUCAAAAAUCAAAUCAUUAAAGGAACUGAAAGCUCAUUUAUAGCUGGAGAAAUAGCAGAUUCUGUGUGUUGCGGGGAGUUGUUCCAAGUGAUUUUCUUGUUUUUCUAGGUACUGUUUCUACCCAAAAAUUUUCCAGUUAAAGAGUGACAAGGGCUGUCAUCUCAUCUGACGUUGCAUGCUGUACGUCUAAAAUUUCCUUUGAUGGUUCAAUUCUGCUCAAGGAUGUACAAUAAACAUGAAAUUCACUAUCUGAGUAUCUCAUUCGUUUUCCCGGUUUGUAAUAUUUGUUUUUGUACUAGAA